GGGCAUCACUGAAAUCGCACCCAUGUGCCAUGUGGCUUGACCUGCCCUUUAAGAGAAGCGGCGAGUCGCUGACUAGUAGUAACACGCAAUAGAUAGGCGGGGAAAAGCACUGCGUUUCCUCUUUACAAGUUGCAUCGCUUCAUUUCUGGUCGUUCCUCUGGUUCCGAUGCAACUAAACAGGAUGCGCUUUCUCCUUAUCCGCAGGAUCUCCCAGCCUGUGUCUGUCAGUAGGGCAGUGGUACAGCAGGGCAAUGGAUGCGCCAGGCGAACGGCUAGCGGGGCAAGUAGCAGUCGGGACGGGCGGCAGUCGUCCUCGUCUGCUUGGAAAUCAGCACAGGAUCUGCACGCUUCGGCUGCCAGAAAAAGUAUUCAGCGCUCAAAGGAAGUUUUCAGUGGUCUGCAAAGGGAAAGCUCUGCUUUUAAACCAGUUCUUGCAAUAAUACAGGCAAGUGUGGAUGAUCUAACUUUGGAGACCACCAAGAACUAUGCAGAAGAGCUGGGAGUUGAUGUCCUUCACAUAUGUUUGCCUCAAGAGAGCAGGGACGAAGAAAUUAUUGAUGAAAUCUUAAAACUCAAUGAAGACCCAAAGGUCCAUGGUCUCGUCCUCCAUUUGACUGAUCCAAACAGCAAAAUAUUAAAUGCUGUGCGACCUGAGAAAGAUGUGGACGGUGUCACAGAUGUGAACCUAGGGAAGAUGACUCGUGGUGACAUGCAAGAAGGAUUUAUAUCUCCUAUUGCCAAUGGCGUCAUAAAUUUGCUUGAGAAAACAGUGCAAACAUCUCUGUAUGGGAAGCACGUGUUAAUAGUUGGGGCUGAUGGUUCGUUAGAAGCCUCUCUACAGUGCCUGCUUCAGAGGAAAGGUGCCAUAUCCGUAGGGUGCCCAUGGCAAACACAAAACUUGCAGAAAAAGCUGAAUCGGGCAGAAAUUGUUGUUAUUGGUAGUACAAAGCCGAAAGAGAUUCCUGUCAGCUGGAUAAAGCCAGGCACAAUUGUUGUUAACUGCUCUCACAUUGUUCUGUCAGGAGUUUCUGAACAGUAUGUUGAUGGGCUUGCUGGUCAAGGUGUUGGACCUCUUGCUGCAGCAUUAAGAAUGGAGAACCUAGCAGAAAGCAGUAGAAGAUGGAUUGAAGCACAGAGGUAUAAAAAGUGGAACCUUCACUGUUUGAAACUUCAGCCACUUUCUCCAGUCCCAAGUGAUAUCGAGAUUUCCCGGGCACAAAGUCCAAAAGCUGUCGAAGUGCUUGCCAAGGAGAUAGGAUUGCUUGCAGAUGAAAUUGAAGUCUAUGGCCGUACUAAAGCCAAAGUACGUUUGUCUCUGCUAGAGAGGUUAAAGGAACAGCCAGAUGGAAAAUACGUUUUAGUAGCUGGAAUAACACCUACACCCCUUGGAGAAGGGAAGAGCACAGUAACCAUAGGGCUGGUGCAAGCUCUGACCGCACAUACAAAUGUCAACUCCUUUGCCUGCCUGAGACAACCUUCACAAGGACCCACUUUUGGUGUCAAAGGUGGGGCUGCAGGUGGUGGAUAUGCACAGGUCAUUCCAAUGGAAGAGUUCAACCUCCAUCUCACUGGUGACAUUCAUGCUAUCACUGCUGCCAACAACUUGCUAGCUGCAGCAAUUGAUGCUCGAAUUCUGCAUGAAAACACUCAGUCCGACAAGGCUUUAUAUAAUCGUCUCGUUCCCUCCAUUAAUGGUGUAAGAGAAUUCUCUCCAAUCCAGAUUGCCCGGUUAAAGAGACUUGGUAUAAAGAAAACUGACCCUUUGUCCCUGACACCUGAAGAAAUUACAACAUUUGUUCGUCUUGCUAUUGACCCAUCUACAAUAACUUGGCAAAGAGUGAUUGACACAAAUGACAGAUUCCUCAGAAAGAUCACAGUUGGUCAAGCAAAUACAGAAAAAGGCUUUGUCAGACAGGCACAGUUUGAUAUUGCUGUUGCUAGUGAAAUUAUGGCUAUAUUAGCUCUAACAAACAGCCUGUCAGACAUGAAGGAGAGGCUGGGGAAGAUGGUGGUAGCCAAUGACAAAAAAGGGCAACCAGUGACUGCAGAAGAUCUGGGGGUCACUGGUGCGUUGGCAGUAUUAAUGAAGGAUGCCGUAAAGCCAACCUUGAUGCAGACAUUAGAGGGUACACCCGUGUUUGUUCAUGCUGGGCCUUUUGCUAACAUCGCACAUGGUAACUCAUCAGUUUUAGCAGACAAAAUUGCACUGAAGCUGGUUGGAGAAGAUGGCUUUGUUGUAACUGAAGCAGGUUUUGGUGCCGACAUUGGGAUGGAGAAGUUCUUUAAUAUCAAGUGCAGAUCGUCAGGGCUUGUUCCCAACGUUGUUGUUCUAGUUGCAACAAUUAGAGCUCUGAAAAUGCAUGGAGGAGGACCAAACGUAACUGCUGGUGCACCACUUGCAAAAGAAUACACCGAAGAGAAUCUUCAGCUUGUUCAGAAUGGCUGUUGCAAUUUACAGAAGCAGAUUCAAAUUGCUCAGAAAUUUGGUGUCCCUGUUGUUGUUGCCUUAAAUAUUUUCAAGACAGAUUCUCGGGCUGAGAUUGAACUAGUGUGCAAAAUUGCAAAGGAGUCUGGAGCCUUUGACGCAGUUCCAUGUAAUCAUUGGUCAGUUGGAGGCAAGGGAGCUGUUGAAUUAGCCCAGGCUGUCAAGGGAGCAGCAAACCAAGAUAAUAACUUCCAGUAUUUGUAUGACCUCAAGAUUCCCAUAGUAGAAAAGAUCAGGACCAUUGCUCAGCAAGUCUAUGGAGCAGCUGACAUAGAGCUAUCCCCAAAGGCAGAAUCCAAGAUAGAAGUCUACACUAGACAGGGUUUUGGAAAACUUCCGAUCUGUAUGGCCAAGACUCAUCUGUCACUGUCCCACCAGCCAGAGAAAAAAGGAGUGCCGACUGGGUUUAUUCUGCCAAUUAGUGAUGUAAGAGCGAGUAUUGGCGCUGGUUUCAUAUAUCCUCUGGUGGGAACGAUGAGCACCAUGCCAGGGCUACCAACCAGGCCCUGCUUCUAUGACAUUGACCUUGACGCUGAGACAGAAGAAGUGAAGGGCUUGUUUUAAGAACAUUUCUUAAGAUCCUUUCACUGCCUGCAUCUGACUUCUCUGCGUGAUGCACACAAAUGCUUACUACUUAUUCUGGACAAUGCCAGCUGGAUUGAGGAACACAGAGCACAUGAACACAUUUACUUCCCAGACACACUCGAGGAACUGGGAUGUGAAACCACAGGAUAAGCUGCAGGGACAGAUCAGCUACUCUUAACCUGGCGUGUGUUGUGUAUUACAAAGAGCUGCAAUUUUCCUUUCAUAGACAUUAAAAUGCGCUACAAUACUAGUAACUGAAUUGCUAGAAUGCGAUUACCUACAGCAAAAAGCUUAUGCAGGGCAAAGUAACACUGAAAAGUAGUGUUAAUACUCUGGUUUUGAACUAUGGCACACACAGGUACAAGAAAAUUAAAACUUCUGGGUAUCCCUCUAGAUUCCCGUUUGAUAUGUUUGCAUUUUAUUAAAACUUAUGUAUAAUUACCCUCUCCCCUACCCCCUCGCGUUCUGUACCCCUUCCUUGUAGUGCUUAAACUGAAAAUAAAUAGUAUAUUAAAAAAAAAAUGUU